AUGUCCAGUUCAAAGCCUGCACCGAUCGCCAUCAUUGGCGGUGGCCCCUGCGGACUUACAUUUGCGCGCCUCCUAGAAUGCGCGGGCAUAGACUACGUCGUAUUUGAGCGGGAUGCGUCGUCAGUCCCAGAGCCGGGCUUUCAGGGUGGCACCCUGGACAUCCAUGGUCAAACAGGACAGGAAGCACUGCGACGCGCUGGUCUACACGACGAAUUCGAAAGGCUUGCUCGACGUGAUGCGACGAGUAUGCUUGUCCAAAACUACAAGGGUGAUUUCUGCAUGAAAUUUGGCGAAAAACGCGAUGCGCCUGAGAUCGAUCGCCUCCAGUUGCGGCAGAUACUCCUGGACUCUCUCCCAUCGCAUCGGGUUCGCUGGGGCAAGGCGCUAUCUUCCAUUGAGCGUGACACGCACCAAGAAGAGUUGAGCGCCAAAGACGUCGUCCUGCGCUUUGCAGAUGGCUCGACAGAGACUGGAUUCCGGCUUGUUGUCGGUGCCGAUGGCGCUUUGAGUAAAGUGCGACAACUGAUCACGCCUGCAACUCCUGAAUAUGCAGGAAUCAUGUUCAUCGAGGGCCGACUAUCCCUCGACAAUCCACGGUACCAUGCUGCACGCGAGACGGUCGGCGCAGGAAACUCCAUCGCUAUGAGCGCCAACGCCAUUCUUUGCGUGCAGCAAAUGUCCGACCGCUCAUACCGUGUCUACAUGGGUAUUAAGGGCCCGCAAGAGCUCACUCGAUCCGGUGGUGAGCUGGAUGUAGCGAACAUUGAAAAGACUCGUGCCGCGCUCCUUGCAUCUACUGGCUUCUAUGAUGGCUGGGCAGAGCACCUCCGUGACUUUGUCGCCCAUGCGGAGGGCCCCUGGCGCGUUUGGCCUUGGUGCAGACUCAAGCCGGAAUUGCUGUUGCCAAAGGCUGACGAUGCUUCUCACGAUGGCACCCAGAACCAAGAUGCAUGGAAGCGCUCUCCGGGUGUUGCGAUCAUGGGAGAUGCUGCGCAUGCUGCCUCGCCCAAUGGCGAGGGCGUCAAUCAAGCCAUGUAUGAUGCAUUGCAAUUGUUUGAGAGUAUAUCUGCUGAGAUAGGUGACAAGCAGGAAGGGGAGUUUGACGAAAUAGCCGAUGCUGCGGCGCUGGACCGAGCGAUCGCUACCUACGAGGCUGAGAUGCUCCCUCGCGGUCGCGACCAUAUUGAGGAUGGCAUGAAUGUGGAGAACAUGUUCUUCGGCGAGAACGCAGCCCAAGCCCUCAUUGAGAAUUUCAAGUUGAUGAAGCCGGAGGGUUCUAAGCCGCCGAUGGAGCCUUGA